GUAGCGGUUUUUGUUUAAUAAACCGCUACUUCAAGUAGCGGUUUUCUAGCAGGUAUAAUUUCCUGAUUUCACUUUCCGCUUUCAUUUUCGUCUUCUCACCAAAAUCCCAUCCACGCCUUCCACCAAAAUCACACCUCCUUCAACGGAAGCCGGCGCAGCCAAGGAAUCCACCGACGCCGCCGGAGCAUUCCUCAGCAACGAAGGCCGCCGCUGUUGACGCCGAGGGUUCGACUUUAGUGGUCGGCUUCGCUAAUUUCAGAAGAAACGUGCUGAUCUUCUUGUUUGUGGUAAGUGCCCUAAUUAUUUUUUGUAUUCAGUUAUUGGGUUUGUUGUUGUUAUUGAGUUUGUUGUUGUUAUUGAGUUUCAGAAUUGUAUGUAUGUUUGUGGUUGGUUUUGGUUGUUGUUGUUGAUUUACUUACCUUACAUAUAACCCUUGUAGAAUUAUUAAUGGUUUCGAUCACAUUACUCAGUUUAGGUUGCUAUAAUUGCUGAUUUUGAAAGUGAAAAUAGAGCUUCUAUACACAAAGUACAUGAGCUCAAAGUACAUGUAGUCAUGACUUAUGCCCAUGUUGAGCUUCAAGAGGUAUUAAGACCUUCAUAGCUCAGUUUAGGUUGCUAUAAUUGUGUAGUUUGCUUGCUUGAUGUUAGGACAUUGCCACACUGUUAAUGAAUUUUUGCAAUCUAAUAUCUUUGAUUAAUAAUGGUCUUUUCUAGAAUGAAACAUGGAGGUUCCGAACUACCCUCUAUAUUGCUAUUGAGGUGGAGAAAUUGUCCACAAAGAUAGCGAUAUAACGUAUAGGGGUGGGAAUCAAAAAUUUGUGUUUGUACAUUCUGCGAUGACAUAUUCACAAGUUCUGAACAAGCUAUAUGAAGAAUUGAGUGUUGAUCCUAGAGGUGUGGAGUUGAAGGUGGUUAUGCGUUAUCCUAUGGCUGGGGCAUAUGUUGCAAUUCCGUUAAAUGACGACAACGCUGUUAGAGCUAUGUGGAUUGCUGUGACUCAGAGUUCUUCUGUUGCAAUGCAAUUGUUCAUUGAACAAGUUCCAAAGGAGCCAGUUGUGCAAACUAACACUGGUUCCUUUCCGGGGAUGGAUUUUUUUGGUAGUGUGGAUCAACCGUUUUCCACUGGUGUUCAAAGUGUGGGCAUAGGGUCAUUCACAAGAAGCUUGUUGAUCCACAUUAUGUCAAUGACCAUCACUCACAGUUUAGGUCUCCGGCCUCAUCGCCUAAUGUUGGAACCUCGACAAGCACACAACCACAAGGCAUUCUUGAUUCUCUUGACCCAAACAAUGUUGAUGUAUUUGGCGAUGCAGAGAUGAAUGACACUGAUGAAGAUGAUGAUGAAGAGGUAAUUGAAGCUCAUGAUAAGGCAAUUAAAGGAAGCGCCCCCACUUCAGACUUCAAUGAAGUGGCGCAAGUUGAUCCUCGUUUGAAUAACUCAUGGAUGUCUUGGUUAGGAAAUGAGACAUAUAACAAUGGGGGAGAAUUUGAGGUUGGUCAGCAGUUUGACUCAUUGCAACAACUGAAAGAUGCUGUGAAAUCUUACUCCAUAGCUAGAAAUCAAACAAUUCGAGUUGUGGAGGUAGAGCCAGAGAAAUAUGUUGUUGAGUGCAAGAGGAAAGAACAAUGUAGUUGUUCGUGGAGGCUUAGAGGAGUGAAAGAUCCAACACUCUCUACGUUUAAAAUUGUGAGGUACAACGGCCCUCAUGCAAGUAACUGUGUUGGUGACAUCGACUCGGGAGAUCAUAAGCUACUGACUUCCGAGUUCGUUUGCAAUGCUCUUCUAGAUGUCAUUCGCGUUGAUCCUUCAUUGAAAAUCAAGACAAUGGUGCAACUUGUGAAAGAGAAAUUGGGAGAUUCGGCAUUCGGACCAUGUACACGAGUGGAGUCGACGAGAGGCAUUAGUCGUCCAGGGAUACCCGUUCACUAGGACUUCUUCCCCGGCCAUGACAGAGUACAUGGCUUGGUACCGUCGCAUCACGAGACUGGUCAUUACUCCACCUUCGCAGGAGCGCCCCCCGAGUCAUUACCAGCCAGCUACCUCUGACCUCCUGCUUGCACAUGCAUUUGCUGAUUUGCACGUCCAGCUAUCGGGAGCUACUGAGACCAUCUCCCACUUGCCACCAGAGACGGCUAUACCAUUUGCCAUACAGACGAUGCAGGGUUUUACAUCAUUUUGUGGCCAAACCUUGUCUAGGGUGGGGCAGUCACACCUUAUUCAGCAGCCUCGACCGUCCACGUCUUCAUCUUCUACUGUGCACACUAUGCCGAUCAGACCACCACCUCAUCGUGGAGGCCAUUCAGCACGUGCCUUCCGUCCACCGACUCCUUCUCAGCAUACUAUAAUGACAUCUCCUCCACUAGUGCAUCGCCAGUAUCAGAGAAACCGACGGCGUAGCAACACUACGUCUGGGGUUGGAGUUGGCCUGGAUGACAUUCCAGAGGAGACAGCUGCAUCAUCUUCAUCGUCACCUCAUGGGAAGAAGCAACGCCCGAGCUAAGUGUAUAUUUUGGAACUAAACUAAUUUUUUUGUAAAUGCUUAGAAUUGGAUUUUGUUAUAUUUAAUCAAUUGAAAAAUAUUCGACUUUGCAA